GGGGAGUUGGAUGGAUGCCCUUAAAUCCUACACACUGGACCUUUAAGGGAAAUCCUACAGUUGUUGUUUACAUUGGUGGACACAAUGCAGUAUUUUAGCCUAGUCAUCUAUUUAUAUACUUACUUAUUUAUCCUACUGAUUUAAUGACUCAGUUUGGUUGCUGUGUUUGACUGAAACAUGGCCUUCAUCUCCCCCCUGGAGUGAUUUCCUCCUGACACACAGCAGCGCGCGCUCACAUAGCAGAGCGCUUCCACUUCCCGUGCUCGUGCCCGCCGGAGACGAACGGUAGAAAAUGGCGAGCCCAUGUAAACUGCAGCAAUGCACUAUCGACAGGCGCGGCUUUCGUCAGGAACUUGACUCGUGGCGACACAAACUCAUUCACUGUGUAGGUUUUGAGAGCAUUCUCGAAGGUCUGUUCGAUCCAGAGCUGGUAGAAGACCUAAAAUUAUUUAAGGACUUGGAACCAAUAGCAGUGUCUGACUGGUCAUUUGAUGAAAAUUGUCUAUUCUGCUGUUUGAGACGAGACAAAGUAAAGGAACACUUAAUAAGCUUAAGCAACGAGGGGCUUGAAGACACACCCAAACCUCUCCUGGUUAAAGAUCAGACCACCAUCAGCAGACUAGAGAAGCAAGCCGAGGAAUUUCUCAAUGCAGUCCUCUGCAGAAAAGAUGUGCCAAAUUUCUCGGACCCACACAUUCCAGUAGUGGCUCGAGAGAUCCUCCAGAGAAUGAUCCGACAGUUUGCUGCCGAAUAUACCUCAAAAACCAGCUCCACUCAGGACAGUGGCUCUGACUUGCAGCCUCGCUCUGACCAAAGCCUGCCGACCCCGCCCUUGCUCUCAGGGGCUCGUCCUUCUACCAGCCCUGCUGCCACCCUGACUGGGCCUGCGCACAACCAGAACCCCGUCCUCAGCAAGCUCCUCAUGGCUGACCAGGAUGCUCCUCUUGACCUCACUAUCAAGAGACCCCCGGCUGUGCCUACCGAACAAGAUGGAGUUCUUGACUUAUCUAUCAAAAAGAAUCGUAAUAGCAGCAGCCUGCCUGUCCGCAGUCCCUGCCUUUCUCCAGUUACAUCAACGCUCAAAGGUGAGUAUCCAGACUUGCCCAUUGCAAAGGCAAAAGACCUGCAGUCCACCUCCACGCUGGAACAGUUCAUGGCCAAACUCUGUCCACACCACCAGAGACAGAUAGUAAAUGCCAUAGGUUUUCUACAGACGGAGGUCAAAGCACUGGCAUCUUCCAAUACACAACAAGCCUCUAACUCUACCUCUGGGAUCCAGGGAACUCCUUGUUCCACUGUGAAAUCCAGCGCAGUCACCCCUGAGAAGUCAUGCCCUGAGCUAAGGUUUGAAUCCACUCCCAAGUCAGAAGUCCAGGUUAUGUCCUAUUCUAUCCCAAGCAGUGCAAUGAAACAAGCCCCAGAGAAUGCAGUGUCGCUGAAAACAUCUUCUGGCCCUGCCUUGGAUCUACGCAGCCCUGUGUCAGGGAGUAACCAAGCUCUGGUCACUCCUGCUGCUAAUCCAGUAGAUGCAGACAACAACCGUCAUGGUGAUCAUGCUCCUCUUAAGAUGAAAAUCAUGACCAGCAAUGUUGCAGCUGGCAAGAAGUUGUCAUGUGUCCUCAACACUUCUCUUUCAUCUCAUUCAGACACUUUGGAGGACAGACAGGGUAACUCAAAUUCAUCCAGCAGAACAGAGACUCAUAGCGCUAGACUCAGCUCCUCUGUGAAGAGACACAGUCAGGCUAGUCAAGCACAUCAAGCUAGGCAGAAAGAGACUCUCGGACAUGCCAAAGAUAAUUCAGCAAGACUGUUUUCAGUCCACAUGACCAUUCCUUCAGACUCUCCACGGACUGCCAGGAAGACCAUCAGGCCAUCCUCUGAUCAUCGGAUCAGGGACUCGGCUUGUAGGGUAAUGCCUGACCCUGAUCUCGGCCACUGUGACAUUGUUUUUAUUGACAAACCAAUUACAGAGUGUUUCAAGGAACGUCGGCGCAGCAUGCUCCCCCGUCGCAAUGCCAGAAAAAGCACUAGAGGACAUAUGUAUUCAGAUGAAAUCUGGGAGUUAAAAACUGUCCGUACAUUGGCUGGGAGGGGCAACUGUCCUAAUCCAAUGCCUGAGCUGAUCACAUUGGUCACCCCGAAACAAAUACUUUCGAAGCCUGAAGGUGUACCACCUGUGGAUAUGCUUUUUGCUGGAGCAUGCAGGGAGACAAUGAAUCAACAGAUGUCCACAGAGGAGUCUGAUGAGAGUGUGAUACCAGGAACAGGAGAUAUGGUGGAGGUAGCAGCCAGUGAAGUAGAUAUUAUAGUUGAAACUAGUCAGACAGAUCAGUGUCAGAGCAACGUGCAGUCUGCUCCUUCAUCCCCGAAAAGGUCCCCAACGAAAAACAAAGAAACAGAUGUAGAACAGCAUAUAGCUGCAGAUUCAGGGACAACACCAGGAAGUGAGGAAAGUGUUGCUCAGACUCCAAUUGAAGCAGAAAAAGACAACGAGCCUGAGCCUGAAGAGACGGAUAUAUGUGAAAGUACAGCUCAAAUAGUCAUAGAAACAGUAGUGGAACCAUUAGAGGAUAUUACCAUAGAAAAAGAUGAGCCUCAGCUUUCAUCAGAUGAACUGCACAACAGUGAGCCUGUUCCCCAGCGGACUAGCACCCCAUCACCGGUGCAUCAAAUUCAGGAAGAAAUUGGUGAAAGGGAGGAAAAUAAAAGGGAGGAAAUACAAGAUGAUCAACCUCAGGAAGUUCAACCAGAGACACAGGUGCACCAUGACAACUUUGAAGAGACAGAAAAGUCCAACACCACAGGUUCAGCAGAGCAGCUGAUAGUGGAAGAGCCAGAAAGUAAAGCAUCCAAAACAGCUGACAGUGUUCUGCCUGUAGAGACUGACGAAGAUGAUGCUGAUGAGGAUGAUGAAGAUGACGUGUAUAACAAGUCAAUUGAUGUGCUCUCGAAUGAAUUACCCCCUUGGCGCAGAAAAAAAGGGACUGAAGUGCAGUUGCCAAAGCGGUUAAGAAAAACAAAAAAUGUGGUAGUGGGUUUUGUCAAUGGUAGACCCAUAUCAGCCUCUGACAGAAGUCUGCGUCGUAGAUCAGGUAACAGCACCCCAUCACCUAUUAAAACCCCAGUGAAAUCAAGUCAGAAUGUCCCCAACAAAUCUCCUGUUAAAUCAACUGUUGAUUCAACUAUUGCAAACAAAAAUGUGGAGAACGAUCCACCUGAAACAGAGGUAGCUGUAAAAUCGAUUGAGAGUACUCCUGUAACUCAGCAGGUGAAUGAUUCAUCUUCUGCCACACCACCAAGCCCAACAUCAAAAGUUCCCUCAACGACCAAACAAACCCAGAAACAAAAGAGAGUUAAGAGAGAUCGGGAUAGUUUGCCUGUCCUCUCUGAUCAGCGGCAACUUCGAUCAGCUAGCCAGAAACCAGCUGGAACUCCAGUAUCGCUGCCCAAAUCAAACGCUAUCACUUCUAGUUCAUCUGCAAAACCUACUGCUAACCAUGCUCCUCCAUCUACAGAGCAACUUCCCUCCCUCCCCCUUCCUUCCUUGUUCUCUGUUACUUCUCCUUCUCCAGUCAGGUCGUCUUCCCCUGCAACCUCUGAACAGCCCACAGUCCCAGAGACAACUGUGGAAAUAAACAUUGAAAACACUCAGACAGUAGAGACAACCUCUGAAGAAAUACAAAAACUGGUAGAGACAACCUCUGAAGAAAUAAAAAAAACGGUAGAGACAACCUGUGAGGAAAUACAAAAACCAGUAGAGACAACCUGUGAGGAAAUAAAAAUACCAGUAGAGACAACCUCUGAGGAAAUACAAAUACCAGUAGAGACAACCUCUGAGGAAACACAAAAACCAGUAGAGACAACCUCUGAAGAAAUACAGAAACCAGUAGAGACAACCUCUGAGGAAAUACAAAAAACAGUAGAGACAACCUCUGAGGAAACACAAAAACCAGUAGAGACAACCUCUGAAGAAAUACAAAAACCAGUAGAGGCAGCCUCUGAGGAAAUACAAAAACCAGUAGAGGCAGCCUCUGAAGGUAUACAUAAACCAGUGGAGACAGCCUCUGAGGAAAUACAAAAACCAGUAGAGACAACCUUUGAAGAAAUUCAAACAAACCAAGUAGAAAAUAGAUCACAGCCCAAACAUAAACUAAGAUCUACAAAGGCUUUCGUAGACGACAGUAAGAAUGAGAAGCAGCAACUUAGCAGUGACGUGUCAAGUCCAUUAGAAAAACAAAAUCCUAUAAAGACUGAAGUGCAAACACAGAUUAUGCCAUUAAGAAGUAAGCGAGUUCUCCGAAAGGAGACAGAAGCAAGUGAUGUCUCUUUGCCCCAAAAGCCAAAUGUAGCAUCUUUACAAGACAGGUUUGGAAGUGGGGAUGAUAUCAGUUCUUCCAUACCAAACAAACCCACAAGAAUGCCAUUAAGAAGUGAGAGCAGUAAGGCUGAAACAUCCCACCAGUCUGUUACUCAGUCAUCACCAGUGGACAACAAGAAAUUAGCUUUGAGGUCACAAAGAUUGGCUGUACCCUCUACCAGUGCUGUUACUGCAGCUGGAAGACACAGUGACGUAGCUUCCCAUGCCAGAAUAAUGACAGAACGAGUAACCAAAGCUCAGCUGAAGCCCCCUCCAUUGUCUUUCAUGUCUGUUGAGUCCCACAGCUCAGCCUUCCCUGUCAUCACACCAAGACCUGAGCCCCCAAAGCAAACUAACAAAUUCUUUGAGACUCUGAAUGGAGAAGAAAACCAACAACUAAUUACAAAUUUGAACAUUAAGUAUGAUAAAAUGCAAAAAGGCUGGGUGCAAAUGGACAAAGAGGGUCAGCCAGUAACAAAAUACAAAAACAAAGCAGACAGGCAGGCAGCUAUAUGGAAAAGUAAACGCAGGGCACGAAAGUCAAAGUCCUCAGAGCACCAGAAAUACUCACCGGUCCAAAUGCUUUUCAUGAAAGGUUUUAAUCUCACUAGUAUUUGUCGCUGGUUCCUUGAAACAACAGAAACAAAGUCCCUUGUCAUUGUCAAGAAGGUGAAUACACGUCUUCCGUCAGAAACUCAGCUGUGCUUCCACAGCUCAUCUAGUGCUUCAGGGACCUCUCAGGGGGUAUUUCCAAGCCUACAGGCAGAGCGCUUAAAGAAACAUUUGAAAAAGUUUGCCAUCGCCUCUCCUGUAAAGAGCAACCCUAAGAGUCAGAAACUAAUUGCUAAAGCGCUGGAGCAAGAGGCAAAUGCAGUCAAAGGGAAAGAGAAAAGAGAACUUCCCAGUACUACUCAGACUUUGACUAAGUCCCAGUCCUCUGCCAAAGCCCGUGCACAAAUAGGUGAAUCCCAGAAAUCCUCUGGUAAAUCAAAGAAUCCAGCUAGUGCAAGGAUCUUGAGGAAGUACUCUAAUAUUCGAGAGAAGAUGCAGGUUCAGCAAACCAAUGUGAGACUCAAAGAGGCCUCAAAAUCCUUAAAAACCAACAAUAUGAAAACACUGGCCACCAAAAAGUCUGCCACAAAGUCAAAUCUGAAACGAUCUCUGAAGGCACAGAAGUCACCCCUACCUGUCAGUAAACAAAUGAAAGCAUCGGCGGCAAAAAUGGAAAGAAGGAAAGCAUUGGCUGGCAAGAAAACUACAAAGCAUCCUGUUCAACAGAAGACAGUCAAGCCUCAGAGCAGUAGUAGAGCUUCAAGAGAUGCAACUAAAAAAGAAGAAUUGCCAAAGAGAUGUUCUCAACGACUAGGGUCUCCUAAAAUAUCUGAACAUAACCCUGUAGACACAUCUAAAAGCAAGGUUGACAAUAAAAAGCAGACUGAAGCUGAGAAAGUGGAGGUGGAAAAACCUGCUGUGAAUAAAGUGAAUGCUGCAAAAACCCAAACAAAGGAUUCGUCACAAAGUACUGUUGCCGAAAUCAAAGGUACAGAGAAUGCUGUUGAAACCCCACAGCAGAACACGGAUGUCAAGGCUCCAACCUCACCUGACCAGGUACUAACAAGAUCCCAGAGGAAAAUGGAGGCAGUAGUCCCUGCAAGUAGUAGCCCCAGUCAUGCUUCAAAGAGGGCUGCAAAGUCCAUAAAACCCCAAACUGCAUCUCCUAAACCCGUCAGGAAAGCUGAGGGACCCACGCAGACGAGGAGAGGGGCUUUAAAGUCUCCCGCAAAGAGAAAGCAGGCGGCCUCUUUGCCACGCAGCAUGACAAAAUCAGCAGCCAAGAGAGCUCGGGAGCUUUCAGAGACCCCAGCUAAGCGCACCAGGACAUCUCUCACAAAAUGAAAGGCACCUGCAGAGAGAGAUCGUCUUUAUUAAGAGGACUUUUGUGAUUUUCUUUUUAUCUGGAAUAUAUUCAGAAGGACCAGAAGUAUCUAUUUUCUACUCUUCACCAAACUCUUGAGAGGACACCUUUUUCAGUAGGCAAACAUGUGAAGAAGGAACAGAUUUUGAAAGUGAUUUUCUGCUUUUGUAAAGCUUUUGUGUGAAAAUACAAAUGUGAUGGAUUAUUUGCUGAGCAUUUGCUCUGUGUUCAGGGACGACCGUACAGACAAGUCCUACAUUGUGUCUAUCAGAUGUAGUUGCUGUUUGGCUUUCUGUUUCAGCACUCUACGACACAGCUGGAGAUAACAAUGGCCUAUUAAAACCUCAUUUUAGAAGUCGGGAUAACAAACAUCAAGCUUUGAUGCAGUUAUCGAGGUGACAUUACAUUCACUCACCAUCCUGUUUUGUUUCUUUUAUUUGCCAUUUUGUAUAUAAUAGUUUUUCUAGAUGAUAGCAUGCACUGCAUUUACUGUUGAGAGCUUGCUGUGAGAAGGGACACCUGCUUUUGAAAAUGUUUUUACGUACAGUAAGUAGGCAGUUUGUAUCUCCAGCCUGUCUUCCAAUCACAACAUUGUGAAUAUGUGACUGUUGUGACCCGGUGCCUUAUUUAUGAAGUGUAAAGUAAUAGAAUGUGUCGCUAAAUGUGAAAACUCCUGCCCUUUAGUUAUAACAACUUCCAGCUCCUGGAGAGGCAGUCAACAUUCAUUUGCUUCACAGAACGUGUGCAAAUAGUUUCCGUUCCACACAGUAUGUGCCUCGUGUGUCAUCUGUAUAUUCUCAUGUUGACUGAGGCAUUCAGAUCUUCUGAUUUUCUCUUACCUGACAGGUUUAUUUUUAUAUUCCGUUUUCUCCCAGAGCAUUAACUUAAUAUUGUUCUUCCUAUAGUUGUAUUAGAUGUAAAAGCAAAUACAAGUCUGAAUUGUUAAAACAGACAGCUGUGCUCUGUAUGUGUCAUGACAAACGUUUGUAUUUUUUAUGUCGUUUUGGGGUCAGUUUCCAUCACUGUGUAUCUUUGCAGUCACUUCUGACCAUUGCACCCAUUGUUAUCUGCUCAUAAUAGUGACUUCACUCUGAGUAUUUUACCUGCUUCUGCAUGUGUUAAGUCUUGUUAACGUGGUUACAGUUUUAGCAACCUAGAGCUGUUGUCUACCUAGAAGUGAAACCCAGAAAUAAAUAUUUAUGCCCCUGAGCUUUGAAAAUAUUAACCUCAUUGGAGACUUUGUAUGCACAUUUAGUGCUCGUCAAAAAACUAUCUGAGUUGACGUUUGGAUACUAGCUUGUGUAUAACUUUGGCAACAAUUUUCCCUGAUAACAAAAGACUGAAAGUAUGUACAUCUGGUCGGUUAAUAUGUAUGAGGUAAGCAUUGGUAGCACAUUACAGGGCGAUAAAUUCCUUCCCUGAUUAUACACAAGUUGGAUAUGACGGGGUAGAUAGUCACACUUCUGAGUUGUGUAUCCAAGUAUGUUGCAGUUUUAUGUUAUUAUUUUUUAUUAUUGUGAGGCAGAUGUUCUCCUAAUGUGAAGUUUCUUAACUUCCACAGUAGUAACUUACAUUAGUGUUUUGUCAAUUGUCAUUUUUAGGACAGUGUUAUUUUUUAUUAUUAUUAUUAUUAUUAUGGUCAUUUCUCUUUAGAGGGUAAAUCAUCUGUAAAUGCAAAACAUGUCUGUCACGUUUUUAUUGUUAUUUAAGAACUCCAUGUAGGCUAAUGAAUUUAGCGGAUCUGAAACAGCCCACCAAAUACCAGACUUGAACAUGUUUAUUCUUUACAGUUGCUAUUUAAAAGAUUUUGAUUUUGUAUAUUAGAAAGAAAUAACUGCUUUAUUUGUGGUAAUCCCAAGAAUGAUACAUCUUUAUGUUGAGAACUUUGUAUUUUUGCUGGAGUUGAUAUAAAGAUGUUUGAAUUUUA